AUGUAUGCCAAUCGUGAUCAAACGUACACACAAUAUGAAUUACCGGAUGAAUCGUAUUCAAGUAGAGACAAUUUUGUCAUUCGGGUAGCGCGAAAUGAUGUUUCAACAAAUGUUGCUUCUAAUGUUCCAGUGAAAUCGUCAGGUGGAUGCAUUCGAAUUCCAUUAAUGAUUGCGUGUGGAAUUGUAGGAUGUCUUCUCGCAGCUGCUGUUAUCAUUACGCUAUAUGUCGUUAUUUACGACAGCAUCAAUGGAAGUAAAACAACUACUACAACAUCUACUACCACGACCACUUUGUUGACUUUGAUCACCGGCGUCCAAAACUAUGCAGUAAUGUUAAAUGCCAACGGUUAUCACGGAAUUUAUUAUAUUCGUUAUUAUUCAGCAACGAAUACUUCAACUUCAUUGAGAAUUACUUAUCCAAUUGUUUAUCUUAGUGGUACAACUUUUUUAACAACAUACACAAAUAAUGCUUGGUAUGGACUUGGUACUAAUUGCGUUAGUUCUACUGGUGUCGCAACGUGUACAGCUGUAUGCAAAUCACUUUCUCGAAGUUAUGUUGGAGUAACAUCUACCUGCACAAGCGGAUAUUUGGGUUCCGUUACAUCGUAUGUUACACCUGAUUAUGCUGUUUAUACCACAUCGGAUAGCACGUCUACACCAUGGACUGAUUAUGGCACAGCACUCAACUGUGCAAGUGCAAUGUCUUAUUGUGACUGUUCCUUAUAA